GUGGACAGCGAUACAGCUCACCGACUCUCUCCUCUGCUGAAAACGAAAGAGAGAUGCAUUGAAUGGGGUUCCAAUAUGCCAGGGGAGACCUAUUUUAAAAUCAAGAAACCAACCAGCUGAAAUACAAGGAAACGCCCAAACCGAAGAUGACGGAGGGGAGACUCUGCCAGGUGCAUCUCCUUGAUGACAGGAAACUCGAGCUGCUGGUUCAGCCCAAGCUGUUGUCCCGUGAACUGCUAGAUCUGGUGUCCUCCCAUUUUAACCUCAAAGAGAAGGAAUACUUCGGACUAACGUUUGCUGAUGACAGUGGUCAGUGUAAAUACUUGCAGUUGGACCGGAGAGUUCUGGAACAUGAUUUCUCUAAGAAGGCUACUGGGCCUAUCGCCCUCAACUUCCUGGUCAGGUUUUACAUCGAGAGUAUAACACUGCUGAAAGACAACACGACGGUGGAAUUAUUCUUCCUGAAUGCAAAAGCUGCCGUCUACAAUGGGGAUAUAGAGGUGGAAAGUGAGAAUGUCUUCAAAUUAGCAGCAAACGCCUUGCAGGAAGCAAAGGGGGAUUUCUCAAGUGAUGAAACCACCAGAACGGAACUGAAGAAGCUUCCAACUCUUCCCAACAAGGUGCUAAAGGAGCACCCAUCACUUACAUACUGUGAGGAUCGAGUGAUAGAGCAUUACAAACAGCUGAAAGGAGUCUCCAGAGGACAGGCCAUAGUGAAGUAUUUGACCCUAGUGGAAUCCCUACCUACCUAUGGUGUCCAUUAUUAUGAAGUAAAGGACAAGCAAGGCAUCCCAUGGUGGCUUGGGAUCAGCUACAAAGGAAUUGGCCAGUAUGAUUUGCAGGACAAAUUGAAACCACGGAAGCUGUACCAGUGGAAGCAACUGGAGAACUUGUAUUUUCGGGAGAAGAAAUUUGCUGUUGAGGUGAAUGACCCUCACAGGCGGGCAGUGACGAAGCGUACAUUUGGCCAGACUGGCUUAGUCAUCCACACAUGGUACGCCAGCCACUCAUUGAUCAAAACCAUCUGGGUCAUGGCCAUCAGUCAGCAUCAGUUUUACUUGGACAGAAAGCAAAGCAAGGGUAAAAUAAGUGCAGCGAAAAGUUUGGGUGAUAUUGCCAUGGAUUUAACAGAACAUGGAGGAGGAACCAAGAUAACCAGAAUGGGAGAUAACCUAAAGCACAACCUUAUUAUGGCUAGCACUGGCAGUCUGGCAUCAACAGGGUCUGCAGAUUCAGCAGUGGACGAGGAGCAGAAAAGGGAGAAGAUCUCUGAGCUAAAGAAGAAGGAACAAGAGAUCCAAGAUGUCUUGACCCAGAAAACAAAGGAGCUGAAGAAAAUCUGCUUGAGAGAGGCGGAGCUCACGGGCAAACUGCCCAAAGAGUAUCCCCUGUCUGCAGGCGAGAGACCUCCUCAGGUUAGACGGCGAGUUGGCACAGCCUUCAAACUGGAUGACCUCUUCCCAUACAACGAGGACCCUUAUCUGAGGAACCUGGAGAGCAGGUUUGCUCUGCAGCGGAAGAUCGUGGAAGCAGCUAAGAAACUGGCCUCGGAGGCAGAGAUCUGUAAGACGGUGAAGAGGAAGAGGAGGAGGAACUGUCAGGACGCCAUGAGGAAACUGCAGCAGGUCGAGGAUGAGAUGAACAAGUACAGAAUCAAGAAAGGCAAGAAGCCUACCCAAAGAGCCUCUGUGAUUAUCGCAGAUGAGCUUCUCCGUUCAGAGACUAGCUCGCUCUCAGACAGUCAGAUUCUGGAUGACGAUGACUCUGAUGGUGCUCUGAGGCCCCGGUCACAGUCGGUGCAGUGCUCCCCUCAGGUCAGCCCUGCACGUUCUCUGGAUCACCACCACAACAAGAGUCUCAGCAGGUUAGCAGCGUUUGACGGCCAGGAUGCUUCACAUCAUUUUCACCCCAGAGAGGUGUCAUCUGCACACAGCAGCCCCACCAUAACGUUACCCAGAUCUCCACGGGACCCACGCAGCAUGCCCUCCACCCCCGUUAUGACCCGCAACGCCUACAGCAGCAGCCAUCUCAGGUCGGAUGGGAACUCCCAGUCCUUCAGGCACCGCAGUGGCAGUCUGGAGUCCCAGCAACGGAUACUAAAGGAUACCGACUCAGAGAAGCCAGUCUUCACCCUGUCCCCUGCCCGCAGGAGCAACAGCACAGAGGCCCUGGAGGACUGCUCCUCCUUCACCAGUCAGUCCAGCCUGGACUACCCAGGCAACCCCCACUACUGCACCUUGGACUCUCGAACCCGCAACCAUCAGCUGCACAGGAGGGUGGAGGUCUAUGGAAACACAGGCAGUAUGCCUAAUCUGGUCCAGAAUCAUAUUGGCUGUAGUUAUUUGUACGAGCCCCCAGCGCACUAUGCACCGACUGCUUACUACGUGACAGGUUACCCCUGUCCAGACAUGGAGCCCUACUCCAACGGUGCUUACGUCUAUGAGAACGAGAUGGAGGGCCACUACAAUGUCAACCCUUCCUACCAAGUACACAAUUAUCACAGACACGAGCGCUACAGGACCUAUAGUAGUGAUCGAGCGGACAGCCUUGCUCAGAACCCAUACGCCACCAUGAGAUUGCCCCGGACCAGACAGGGGCCCCGCAACGAGCCCUUGCAGAAGAACAUGCAGAAGGCUCUGGUGGCUGAGCACCUGAGAGGCUGGUACCACCGCAGCGGUGGCCACAGAGAGGCAGGCAGGGGUCUGGCUGGGUAUGACUAUGACAACGGCUCUCAGCUCAGCCUGGGAUACCAGACCAUGCCAGCCCCCUUCAGCCACUCCAGCCGAACCACCUCCUACUCCUCAGUUUCCUCAUCAACCAGCACAGGAAACUGGCGCAGCCAGUUGGCUGUGGGUGUAACAGACUAUGAGAACAUGACAGAGUCACCACAGCACCCUCACCCAGGAGCCCAUGGCAAUUACAACCGCAGCCCCACCCAUACCAGAAGAGUAUACAUGGAUGGAAAUUAUAUGGGCAUGCACUGAAGAUAAGAGGACCAAAAGAAUCACUGGCACAAUGACCCCAACAUUGGACGCACAGUUCUCUGGAAGGAUACCAACUAACCUCUGGACAUGCUGCAUUAUGACACUCUUGAAUGACUCUCCCAUGUGCCUUGGAUUAGAUGGAGAUGGAUAUUAUUCAGGAAGACAUGGGAUGUGGUGAUGGCACAAAUGAAAGGUUUUGGUGAUCUGGGAAACCAGCUUCAUCAUUGUGAAUAUUGUGAAGGAUCUACAAACAGCAUUUCAAACCAUGGGAUACCUUUGACCCAAAUAUAUUACCCUAUUGUAUUAUGACAAAAAUAAGUCUUUAAAAAAGUUAGCAUUGUCUUUAUGAUAAUCAGUAAACUGUGUGUUAGGAGUGUAUGAAUAAGGAGUUAAAGCAGGAUACCUCCAAAGUGUGGUGCCAUACAGUACACACAGAGCACUAUUUAGUGAGCUACUCAUUAUACAUGUUGUAAAUCAACUUGACUAUCUUUGUAAAACAUUUAGGUAUACAUUUUGGAGUUACUAUUCACAAAGUGUGAUAACAAAAUAAUAAACCAACCCUUCCUUACUGCAGUCUGUGCGUCCCAGGUUUGUCAGUCAAUGGACUGAUGCGCUCUCUCCUCUCCCAAGUAUGAAUCUGAAUGUACAUGUUGAUAUUGUUUAAAGAUUAUUCAUAGUUUCCUUUUUGUGAUCGUGUUAAUGUGGUGUAAAUUGCUUGCAUGUGAACAUAAACUUUUGAUAAGCAGCUUUUUUGUAUAUUGUAAAAAGAUAUGCCUUAAAAUAAUGUUUCUUUAUUGUUUUUCUUUAUUGUCUUUCUCUACUCAUUUGUACAUUGUCCACAUAUUGUUAGGCUUUGUCAUCUCCUACUCUAAGUGAAAUAUCUCCCAUUUGGAUUUGGGACAUCAAUAAAGAAUCAGUGUGAGACACA